AUUUCACCUUAAAAAAACAGUCCUUUUUUUUCCUUCCUUUCUUUUUUUGGAGGGGGCGAUUGUUCUUCUUUUGUCUCGUUCUUCUUCCACGGAAUUCGAAGUACUCGAAAAUUCCAAACUGACAUAGGGUUUGGUUUUUUCCGAGCUCUUUCAUUUCUUCUUCUUCUUCUUCUUCGAUUUGAUUGAUUUGAUUUGGUUUGGUUUGGUUUCAUUUGAUUUGCUGUUACUGUGUUCUUCUGGGGGGGUUUUGUUGCUGGAGCUCCGAUCUGAGUUGGGUUUGAUUCUUUGAAGGGAUCGCGGUGAUGAUUUCGGUACAAGGCGAGGUUCGCCAUCAGCAGCUGCUGGCGGGGACUGGGACUGGGACUGGGACUGGGACUGGGACUGGGGUUUCUCGAGCUGGGUUUGUCUCUGAUCGUGGUGGCGAAUCGUUUGCAGUGAAGGCGGAGCCCCCAUCGCUCAGCCUGGUUAAGUUCGAGAGUGCUGAUUCUCUUGAAGUGGAUGAAGAAACCUAUUUGGCUCUUGCACAUAAGAAGUACAAGAAUGGUGAUUAUAAGCAGGCGCUGGAGCAUAGUACUGUAGUUUAUGAGAGGAAUUCACUGCGCACAGAUAAUCUUCUUCUGAUGGGUGCCAUAUACUAUCAGUUGGGUGAUUUUGAUAUGUGUAUUGCCAAAAACGAAGAAGCUCUCCGUAUAGAGCCACGUUUUGCUGAGUGUUAUGGAAACAUGGCUAAUGCUUGGAAGGAAAAAGGAAACAUCGAUCUUGCAAUUCGUUACUAUCUACUUGCCAUUGAGCUUCGACCCAAUUUUUGUGAUGCAUGGUCAAACUUGGCUAGUGCAUACAUGCGAAAAGGCAGGCUUGGUGAGGCUGCACAAUGUUGUCGGCAGGCACUUGCGUUGAAUCCCCUUCUGGUUGAUGCUCAUAGCAACCUUGGCAAUCUCAUGAAAACACAAGGGCUGGUUCAAGAAGCAUACAGCUGCUACCUUGAAGCUUUACGUAUACAGCCUACAUUUGCUAUCGCCUGGUCAAAUCUUGCUGGUCUUUUCAUGGAAUCUGGUGACCUUAACAGAGCACUUCAAUACUACAAGGAGGCCGUUAAACUCAAACCCCAAUUUCCAGAUGCCUAUUUGAAUCUGGGAAAUGUUUAUAAGGCUUUGGGAAUGCCUCAGGAGGCAAUUUUGUGCUACCAAUGUGCUAUUCAGAUGCGACCCAACUAUGCAAUAGCAUAUGGUAAUUUGGCAAGUACUUAUUAUGAACAAAGUCAACUUGAUCUGGCAAUACUUCAUUACAAGCAAGCUAUUACAUGUGAUCCUAGAUUUUUGGAGGCCUACAACAAUUUGGGUAAUGCUCUUAAGGAGUUUGGCAGAGUGGAUGAGGCUAUCCAAUGUUACAAUCAAUGCCUUUCUCUGCAACCUAGCCACCCACAAGCUCUUACCAACCUUGGGAAUAUAUAUAUGGAAUGGAAUAUGGUGCCUGCUGCUGCUUCAUAUUAUAAGGCCACACUUAGAGUAACUACUGGAUUGUCAGCCCCCUUUAACAAUCUCGCCAUCAUAUAUAAGCAACAGGGAAAUUAUGCGGAUGCAAUUUCGUGCUACAAUGAGGUUCUUCGUAUUGAUCCAUUGGCAGCUGAUGGCCUUGUCAAUAGGGGAAACACUUAUAAGGAAAUUGGUAGAGUGAGUGAAGCAAUUCAGGACUACAUACGGGCCAUCAAUAUUCGGCCUACUAUGGCUGAAGCGCAUGCUAAUUUAGCUUCAGCUUAUAAAGACAGUGGACAUGUGGAGGCAGCUAUCAAGAGCUAUAAACAAGCAUUGCUUCUGCGGCCUGAGUUUCCUGAGGCAACAUGCAACCUUUUGCAUACAUUAAGGUGUGUCUGCAACUGGGAGGACCGUGAUAAAAUGUUUGUUGAGGUAGAGGGGAUUAUCAAGAGACAAAUUAAUAUGUCUGUUCUACCAAGUGUUCAACCUUUUCAUGCAAUAGCAUACCCGAUUGACCCAUUGCUUGCACUUGAAAUUAGCCGCAGUUACGCAUCACACUGUUUGAAAAUUGCAUCUCGAUUUUCACUUCCAAGUUUCAAUCACCCUUCACCAGUUCCUAUAAAGAAAAAUGGUGGAUUUGAGAGGCUUAGGGUUGGCUAUGUAAGCAGUGACUUUGGUAAUCACCCCUUGUCACAUCUUAUGGGAUCUGUUUUUGGUAUGCACAACAGAGAGCAUGUUGAGGUCUUUUGCUAUGCUUUGAGUCCAAACGAUAAUACGGAGUGGAGACAGCGUAUUCAAUUUGAAGCCGAGCACUUCGUCGAUGUCUCUGCCAUGACAUCUGAUGUGAUUUCAAAAAUGAUAAAUGAAGACAAAAUACAAAUACUAAUAAAUUUGAAUGGUUAUACUAAGGGGGCUAGAAAUGAAAUAUUCGCCAUGCAGCCUGCACCUAUUCAGGUUUCAUACAUGGGGUUUCCAGGAACAACAGGGGCAACUUACAUAGAUUAUUUAGUGUCUGAUGAGUUUGUUUCGCCUUUACGUUAUGCACAUAUUUACUCUGAGAAGAUCGUCCACCUCCCUCACUGUUACUUUGUCAAUGAUUAUAAGCAGAAAAAUCUGGAUGUGUUGGCUCCAAAUUGCCAGCACAAACGUUCAGAUUAUGGAUUACCUGAUGGGAAAUUCAUUUUUGCUUGCUUUAAUCAGUUGUACAAAAUGGAUCCAGAGAUCUUUAACACCUGGUGCAAUAUUCUUAAACGUGUGCCAAACAGUGCCCUUUGGCUUCUCAGAUUCCCGGCUGCUGGUGAAAUGAGACUUCGAGCGUAUGCUGCUGCGCAAGGAGUGCAACCAGAGCAAAUAAUUUUCACAGAUGUUGCCAUGAAAAAUGAACAUAUCAGUCGUAGUGCGUUAGCAGAUUUAUUCCUGGAUACGCCUUUGUGCAAUGCACAUACAACAGGAACAGACAUUUUAUGGGCCGGUUUACCAAUGAUUACCCUGCCCCUGGAGAAAAUGGCUACCAGGGUUGCUGGUUCUCUCUGUCUUGCAACUGGACUGGGAGACGAGAUGAUUGUUAGCAGCAUGAAAGAAUAUGAGGAGAAGGCCGUGUCAUUGGCAUUGAAUCGGCCAAAACUGCAAGCACUUACCAACAAAUUGAAGGCAGUGAGGAUGACGUGCCCUCUGUUCGACACGGCUCGAUGGGUGAGGAACCUGGAGAGGUCAUACUUCAAAAUGUGGAACUUGCAUUGUUCUGGGCAACGUCCGCAACAUUUCAAAGUGACCGAAAACAACUUGGAGUAUCCCUUUGAUAGAUAGGUGAGGGAGGUGACACGGGAUUGUAUAUAACCAAGAGAAAUUUAAGUUGGGAAAAAAUUUAUAUGUAGAAUAUGUAUCAGGGGGUAUAAUAUAUCUGUGGAUCAAAAUGAAUGUUGUUGUAGAGAAGUUAAAAUGAUUUGUGAUGAAGUUAUUCGGCUGCAGCAUAGCCAUUCCACGCCACUCGGUUCUUUUGUAUCUGCAAACCUUGCUGGUAGUUUUGAUGCGAGUCAGCUGUGUUGUGACAUAAACCUACCAAUUGGUUUGCUUCUUGGCAUUGACAUUAUGGUGCUUGAUAUUGAGAUCGUAUUCCACGAUGUCGCGUUAGUCUUAAACAGGAUUGGCUUGGAAGUUGAAUAUCCACCGCCAUUAUCAAGAAGAAUGCAGAGGUUUGUUUGUUUGUUUGUUUGUUUUGACUUGAUUGAUUUAGAUUGUUGUUGUAUGGUUGUUUAAAAUGUUGUAAAAGGCAAAGCAGCGGAGGAAUGAAGCCAAAAGGUUCAUCGCUUCUGUUGCUGUAUCAUGAUUAUUCUUUUUGAAGUGUAGUGGCUGAUAGUUGAGUA